AUGUCGCAGGUGGACGACGACCCGCAGGAGGGCGACACGCUGCGUGUGUUGCUGUCCACAGACAAUCACUUAGGCUACGCAGAGAAGGACCCAGUGCGCGGCAACGACUCGUUCCGCUCGUUCCGUGAGAUUCUUCAGCUAGCGCAGCGCCAGAAGGUGGAUCUGCUGCUACUUGGUGGUGAUCUGUUCCACGAGAACAAGCCGAGCCGCCGCACACUGUACGAGACUAUGCGUCUACUACGCACUCAUUGUAUGGGCGAUGGAGCUGUUAACUUCCAAGUAGUAAGCGACCAGAGCGUAAACUUUCCCAACUUUGGAGUAGUGAACUUUGAGGACCCCAACUACAACGUGGAGCUGCCUAUCUUCAGUAUCCACGGGAACCACGACGACCCAGCACGAGAAGGAGGCGGAGACGCCACGCAGUCGCUAGCAGCGCUGGACCUAAUGAGCGCUGCCAAUUUGGUUAAUUACUUUGGUAAAAGUGAGAAAGUGGAUGCAGUCGAAGUGUUCCCAGUGCUGCUGACCAAAGGGAAUACGAGAGUAGCCAUCUAUGGCUUAGGAAAUAUGAGAGAUGAGAGGUUGAACAGGAUGUUCGCACAGGGGAAAGUGGCGUUCAGAAGACCAGCAGAACAUGCGGAAGAGUGGUUCAGUAUCUUCGUGGUGCACCAGAAUCGAGACGAUAAAGGACGAGGGAACAAGAACUGCGUCCCGGAGAGUGUGAUCCCUGACUUUAUCGACCUUGUCGUAUGGGGACACGAGCAUGAGUGUCAGAUUGACGUCCAAGAGAGUUUAAAGGGGAAUUUCUUCAUCACACAGCCUGGUUCGUCGGUAGCGACGUCGCUAGUGGAAGGGGAAGCCAAGCCGAAACAAGUUGCUGUAGCGGAAAUUAACGGUCAGAGCUUCCGGAUGACGAAUUAUGACCUACAUACCGUGCGUCCUUUUAAGAUGGGGGAGGUGAUUCUGAGUGAAAUUGAGGAGUUGGAACCGAACGACCCAGACGUGACAGAACGUAUUGGCGAGUACUUGGAAGGCAGAGUGAUCGAGUUGCUACAUGAAGCUGAGUUAGAACAACAGGAGAGAUUGAGAGAACGAGCGUUAGAACGUGAGCAAAGACAACAAGAGAGUCCGUUCCCACUGCCAGAGGUCGGAAACGGAGCUGAAGAGAAGGAAUUAGUGUUGAUCCGAUUGCGUGUGGAACACACUGGCUUCCCUGUGCUGGUGAAUCAACGUUUCGGUGCGAAAUUUGUCGGAAAAGUGGCCAAUCCGAAUGAUAUUUUACUGUUCUACCGACGGAAGAAAGAUCGUAUCAAUACUUCAGACAAGAAGGCAAGUAGGGAGCUGGAGGAGUCACUUCUAGGACGUCCUGUGCGGCCGACGCCACUUGCUUCGGUGACGAUUGAAGAUAUCCUAAGUAAGCAACUGAGGGUACCCGAACGGAAGCUGACGCUGCUCCCCGAGGCACAACUUGGAAUUGCUUUGGAGAAAUUCACGCUUAAGAACAACUCGUCGGCUAUUCAGGAGUUUGUGGACAGUAUACUCGACGAGACUCAACGUGAAUUAACCUCCAAGAGCGACGCCAAGUCGACGCAGGACAUUCUCAGUGUCGUUGGGAAGAAAAAAGAGCAAAGUAAUGCGCUACACUUACUGCAAAAAGAGGAAGAAGCCGAAUCUGGUAAAACGGAGCUUGAAUCGGCCUCGGUUGUCGGUGGGUUCCAGUCGCGACGGACAACUCAAAGCACUGACAAGUCUCCCAAUCGUUUCGGGACGCCUCGAUCUUCACAGACGAAGAAAGCAGCUCCAAAGAAGAAGAAGCCAGUAAGAAAAUCCGUUUUCUCCGUUCUUGAAGAAGAUAGUGAUAAAAGUCCACGUAAGAAGAAGCCACCUACGCCCAGAAAAGCUCCAGCUCGGUCGGCAAAAAGCAGGACGAGAAAGACCUCAUUGUCUAAUGAUGAUGAAGACUUUGGUGCUGAAGAUGACGGCGACGAUGAUUUCAAGAUGGAAGACGACGGAGACGAAGAGGAGGAAAUGACUCCACGUCCAUCUGCGAAGCCAAAAGGAAGAGCGUCGACGCGAGCAGCGAAAGUGAAGAAGUCCCCGCCAAAGCGAAAACGCUUACGCAAGAGCAACGACUCUGAUGAUGAAGAUGACGAUGACUUUGCACCUUCAACUCCCAAGCGUGCUGCUGUUUCAACGAAGCGUUCGACUCGCGACUCACAAGCAAGUGACGUGCUGGAUUUGUGCUCGGACUCGGACGACAAGCCAGCACCUAAGAAACGAGCCAAACCGACCACAUCCAAGAUAUCCCAGCAACACAAGAUCGACAAUCUGUUCAAGAAACAAGCAAAGAAAAACGACGAUAGCGAUGACGUCGAAGAAGAUCAACAGUUCACGCAACUUGCAGAUGCUCGUGGCCAAGAUAUCGUUGGGCCGUCGCAAUCCGAGUCGCAGAUGUCCCAAGCUCGCGUAGGAGUUUCCACUCGACGCAAACUGCCAUUGUCGAUGGUGGCAGCUUCCCAGUCUCAGUCUCAAGAACCGAAACGUGGAGCUGCCGCAUCGACUGCUCGUAAAGGGUGGGGUCGUUCUCGUCGCUAA